GCAAGUCAUGUCAAAGGCUGUGAUUUUGUGUCUCUGAAUCUGCUUUGCUCUUAUAUGCCAAACCCUGCGUCCAUGUCAGACGCCUCCUGCUUGGGAGGCAAAUGCCUCAUCGUACGAUCACGGCCAAGGAAUUCACAACUUUUGGCGCAUCAGUUACGGCCUAGAAAACAGACGAAAGAGUGUUAUUGAAGAAAUCCGAAUUGGAACACCAGAAAGAACGUAUCACUAGCUUUUUACGCUCUACAAUGCUACUCCUCCAGCCUUUUACGACCGAACUUGAUUACUCGAGGAUGCAAGGAACUGCGUUUCCUUGGCGACCAUAUGAGAUUCCAGAGAACGCUCACUUUAUAGGAGAGUUUACUCUUGGAGGCAAUCUUCUUGUAACAGAAUGGUCUGACGCAAUACCAGGAAUUAGACAUGAGACGUGGAAUGGCCAGUUUACGAUGAACGGUUGCAUUCGUGUGCACGAGGUUAUCACAAACGGUAACAUAAGCCAAUCAAAUACGACUACGUUCUACAAUUUCUUUGGAGGCAUUGCAAACUUCGACAUUUUCGUUCCACUUCCAGAAUGCCAACAAGCAGAAAUGGGAGUUUGACUCGUACGUACAAACUUCUUAGGCCAUAGCAUAUUUACUGGUCUACCUGCAUGUUGCUUAUAGACUUUGUGCCUGCUUGGUUUUCUUGAGCUUUAUUGUUUAGUUCUUGUCAAUGUGAACAUAUCUAGGACUAACCAAGCUCAGUGACAGUUGAUUUUUCAUGCAAUAUUUUUACAUUUUAUAAUUACCCGUAUGUGUAUAGACGUUGCUAACAUAAUACAUAAUGGACUUCUGUCCAUUUUGAUUUUAUAAAUUCCCUAAUGUAUGUACAUUAA